UUGACUUUGACAUCUGUCAAGAACAGUCAAGAAAAAUCCAAAUCCACGAUUCGUGAAUCUAACCGUGACUUUCAAUAAUUCUGUAAUUUUGUGAACCCAACAAUAUUGUUUAUUUUCAUUUGAAAGUCUACUGAUAUUUUGGGAAAACAUGCCAAAGGUUUCAGUAAAGGUGAAAUGGGGGAAGGAGAUGUACCCUGAUGUGGAAGUGAACACAGACGAUGAGCCGGUUGUGUUCAAGGCGCAGAUAUUUGCCUUGACUGGAGUUCAACCAGAAAGGCAGAAGGUUGUCUGCAAGGGAGUUACUCUGCGAGACGACAGCUGGGCUAAUUUCAAACUGUCAAAUAAUGCACUGGUACUAGUGAUGGGCAGCAAAGAGGAGGAUGUGCCAGCAGCCCCCGCUGAACAAACUCGCUUUGUUGAGGACAUGAACGAGGCCGAGUUGGCUUCAGCUCUUGAUCUUCCAGAAGGUCUGAUCAAUUUGGGAAACACCUGCUACAUGAAUGCCACAGUACAAUGCCUGAAGACUGUCCCUGAAUUAAGAAAUGCACUCCUCAACUAUGAUAAAUCGUCCGGCGGCGGCACCGCGGGCGGGUUGACGGCGGCGCUGAGCGAGACGAUGCGCGCCCUAGAGAGUGGCGGCGCGGGCGCGUGCGCCGCGGCGGCCGCGCGCCUGCUGCACGCGCUGCACGCGGCGGCGCCGCGCCUGGCUGAGCGCGGCGCGGGCGGGCAGCUCGCGCAGCAGGACGCCUCCGAGUGCUGGGCGGAGAUCGUGCGCGCGCUCACCAUGAGGCUGCCUAUCGCGCCUGAACCUGAUAGUAAAUCCUUGGUAGAGCAAUACUUUGGUGGGACAUUGGACGUGGAACUGGUUUGCAGUGAGGCAGAUGAGCCUCCUACCAAAUCAACAGAGUCUUUCCUUCAGCUCUCGUGCUUCAUAUCACAGGACGUCAAGUAUUUGCAGUCUGGACUACGAUCCAAAAUGGCAGAACAAAUCACAAAGAUGUCGGAAACUUUAGGAAGGGAUGCAGUCUAUACAAAAACUAGUAAAAUCAGUCGCUUGCCAGCAUAUCUAACAGUGCAGUUCGUGCGUUUCUACUUCAAGGAAAAGGAAUCCAUUAACGCAAAGAUCCUGAAGGAUGUCAAGUUUCCACUGGACUUGGAUGUCUAUGAGCUAUGCACGCCCGAGCUUCAAGAACGAUUGACACCUAUGAGAAAUAAGUUUAAGGAAUUAGAAGAUGCAUCAAUUGAGUCUUCUUUAAAUACAAAGAACAAGAACCACGGCGACGGCAAAAAAGAUUCCAAGAGAAAAGCUAUUCUACCAUAUUGGUUUAGUGAAGAUAUUGGCAGCAAUAACAGUGGAUACUACCGUCUCCAAGCAGUGCUCACCCACAGAGGCCGCUCGUCGUCCUCCGGUCACUAUGUGGCGUGGGUGUCACGCGGUGACAGCUGGCUGCGCUGCGACGAUGAAACCGUCACGCCUGUCACUGAGGAGGAGGUGCUCAAGCUCAGCGGUGGAGGCGACUGGCACUGCGCGUACCUGCUUCUCUACGGACCCAAAAUACUCGAGAUCCCUCAGGAGGACGACGAAGAACCAAUGGUGACAGAUGUAACCGACGAGCCGGCCGGCGACCCGCCCACCGCGCUCGCGUAACCAUCCGGCCCUGACCCGCGUCUCGGUACCACGCUCUAGGAAUGAGGGAUCAAGUCUGUCUAGUUGUUGAUGUACAGUUGGCGUCAGUUAAAAAGCGCUCUGACCUUCAGAACUACAAAAAAAAGUUUUUUAUUCAAUUAAACUUUGACAAAGUAAAGGGAGUCUGUCACUCGUUUUGAAUGCCUUUACUACCGAAAUAAACCUGCGCAGUAGGUGAUUUGAUGCAUCUCCUCCAAUAUGGUCUAGAAUUCUUUUUACUUGACGCCAAUUGUAAACUAGUACGAUACUUAAGUAAUUUGCAUUGAUAUUGAUACUUUUUGAUGUAAUAGUCUAUCCAGUGUCGCUAAAGCCUCAACUUGUGAUAUUUCUUUAGAAGAUAUGAUUUUCGAACUACCCUCAUUCAGUGUUUAUUAAUUGAUUACAUAUACCGUCUCAGUACCAUGCUCUAAGAAUGAGAGAUCAACCUAGUUAGCGUCAGAAAAAGAAAAAAGAACUGGCCUUUAGUAUAUAAUUUUAUAAAAAAAAAUUUUAUUCAAAUAAACUUUGACACAGUAAAGGGAAUCUACCACCUGUUUUGAAUGCCUUUACUGAAUGGCUGGUUGAAUGGUGAAUGGUUUUGGAAGAAACCUGAUGCAGCACUGAUAGCGUUGGACUGGUUAAGAUCAGGCUCUACACUCCUCUUGCUCAUUCCUAUAGAAGCCAGUUGUGAUAGCUAUACAAGAUAUCCAGACUGAUUGAACGCGUAGGAUGAUAUUUCUACCGGAACAUUGUGUAUAUUUAUUGUGAAAAGAGCAUUUAAAAUUAAAGUGAAUGUUAAGACCCUAGUACACAUUGGCACGGCUCACUCGGCACGUGUCGCGUGACAAUUUGACAAAUAUGUCGAUUUUCCACUGUGACUUAUUUGUUGGGUAAAUUUUUAUUAAAUUCUUUAGAAACCCGAUAUGUGUAUACGUUACAAAAAGAAUGUGCCGAAUGCAUUGUUUUAGUGGUCUAAAACUAUCUUUGCAUUGUUGCCUUUCUAAUAAAUCAGUUCAUCCGUUGGAUGGUUUCAAAGUCUAUAACGGACUAUAUUAUAUAUUGAUUGAAGAUAAAGUUGUCUUGUCGAAUUAUGGUCUGGGUCACCUAUUAUUUUCGCGUUCAUUAAAUAUUUCUAUGUAAAAAAGUAGAUAUGUUACAACUAUGACACGGGUCGCAUUUGUAGAGCGCAAUCUCUUCUACUCCCGUGCGAGUUGUAUCUUCCGUCUUACACUGGGUCUAACACUGGGUUUGAAUUAUAUACGUAAUGUUGUAUUAGGAUCUUUUUGCAUUCUUGUAAAGAAUCUAUACCUUUCAUAUGUUUCAUUUUUUUCUGGAUUAAAAUGAUCUUCGAAUUUUUGCAUGACUUUAUUUAUAUCAUUGCCAUGCUCCGCUUUUUGAAAAACAAACGUAUUAUAUAUUUUUAUACAUCUUUCGCCUAUUGCAUUUAACAGCAAGGCUGUCUUUACCCUUGGGCUUUUACCUUCAUUGUCCGAUGCAAUUAGAUAAAUCUCGAAUUUUUGUCGAAACAAACGCCAAUUUUCGGCCAUUGGGCCCUGCCAGCUCAAUUCUGUUGGUGGAUUUAUCGAUCCAUACUGUCUAUUCUCUUUGUCAGUUUUGCCCUUUUCCUCCAUUAUAAAUUGUAAUUAUAUAUUUCUCACCUGUUUAUUUAUAUUUUAAACGGUAACCGACUGCGCCAUGUCGUGUUUAUAAUUUCAUUAUAAAAUUAUUUUAUUAAAUAAGACACCAUCAGUUUUACAUGUCUUUUUAUUAUAUAUCUUUUUUUACUGUCAUUACAUGACGAAGGAAUAUUAACAUAAAAAAUAGGUUUAUUAAAAAGAUCCUAAUACAACACGUAAUACGAACGUAAAAAGUCUGUGUAAUAAUUUCAUUGGUCCAGGGCUAAUUUGCAGCGUUUGACCAGUGCUGGCCGACUUGUCGACUUUGUCCAAUGUGUACUGGAGUCUUUAAAGCCGCUUUAAUCGGGCACUUCUCAAGUAAUAUUGUAUAAGUUCUGUGUACUAACUAAUAUAUUGAAUUUUAUAAGACUAAUUAUAAUAAACAAUUAACUCGAA